UAUGCAAUAAUAUAUUGACACAGCAUAAAAAGUCAUUCCUAAAAAUCUAACUACUUAUUUUAAUACAUUUUUUGGGGCUUUCAAUACUUUCCAAGCAAUGGUAAAUAAGUUUUAUCCUGAAUAUAUGGAUGUUUAAAAUGCGAAAAAUUUUUAAAUUGAUGAUCCAACUAUUUAUUCAUCUAUUUAUUAAGGAGAUCUUCAAUAGGAAAAUAAUAAAAGAAAAUCUCAUAUUCUAAAGUAAAUGUUUUUAUUUAAUUGACUAUCUUAGAGCACAACAUUACAAAAUAGUAAAUUCAUUUUUAGAUAAAUAUAAUUUUAAUAGAAAAUUCAAUUCAGAAUUGAUUGGAAAAUACUUUUUUAAUUAAUCUGCUAAAUACUGCUAAAUUGAUUUAUAAGCUAUUAUAAAUGAUACAUCUGGAAAAUUUUAUGAAUAAUCUGGAGUUUCUGAUAAAGCCAUAUGGCUUAAUCAAGCAUUAGAUGAAGUUUCAUUUAUACUUCUUGAAUAUUUCAAAGGGGAAUUUAUUAAGCAAAUGAUUUUUGAUGAAUUUGUCUUAUCUUUUGCUGAAAUAGAAAGUUUUGUGUAUAAAAAAGUAACUAAAAAAGCUAAAUCUAUACAUAAAGAUACUUAUAUGAAAUUAAAAUCAAAAUUAAAGUAAUAUUUUAAAGAAUAACAUGAUACAGAUCUCUAAGUUCAAAUCCUAUGUAAUAAUAUUCAUUAAAAAAAUAUUUAAAUUCUAGAUGCCAAAGUUUUAAUAGAAAACUAAUACUAAAUUCAUACAGCUUGCUUUUAAGAUUAUGUUUAGAAAAACUAUGGAUUUAAACUAUCAAAUGCAAUCAUGUAUAUAAUUAUGAAUAAUUUAGUUAUAAAUAUCGUUAAAAACUACAAAAAAAUUUUGUACCAAAAAUUUAAGAAAGUUUUGUUAAUUAUGUAAACUUCAAUAAUAAAGUAACCUAUAAUAAUUAUAUCAUGCUAAUACAAUUUUACUUUUUACAAUAUUUUCAUAAUAAAAAAUUUAUCGAAGGUAUUACAAAUCCAGAAAUCAAUACUAAUUUAUAAUACUUAAUAUUCUCCAUUGAUUGGAUAUAAUCUAGUGUUGAAGCUGAUUAAGCUGUAAUAUUAUUGUAGCUCCUAUCCUAAUAUAAUGUUAAUAUUAGUUAAUCUGCAAGCUAAAUAUUUUCUAAUGAAUAAUUUUCAGUCAAUGUUCUCAUGAAUUUUUAAUUACAUAAUAAGUAGAGAUGCGAAAAAGCCUAACAAUGGUGGAAUGAAUAAAAUGAAGAUACAAAUUUAUUAGUUAUAUGUCAAAUCUAUUUAAUUUUAGCAGGAAUAAGAUUUUAAAAUGGCAGAUUAAUCUUUGAAGAUUAUGAGCCUGCUAAAAGAAAUGCUUUGAUUUAAAUACUUAGAAAACUUAAUAAUGGAAAAUUUUAAUAUUUUAAUUUUCUUUUGAUAAAAUUAUGUGAGAAAGUCACCCAUAAUAUUUAAUUCUAAAUUUUAAGGUAAAUUAAUAACAGAUUAAAAUAAGUUUAAUAAAAUGAAUCUAUGGAAAAGCCGUUUGAAAUUGAUUUAGUUGGUACAUAAGUUUCUUUUAUGCUUUUUGGUUAAGGUUAAAAUUAAGCCUAGAUUAAUUUGGAAUUUUACUAAAAAAAUGAACUUUUUUUCAAUAUUAUAAAUCCAAAUUAUGGAAGUAGCUAAAAAUAAAUAAAGGAUAAUUAAUUUGCUUUAUUUUAGAAAAAAUUUGAUGGAAUAAAGUUAAAAUUAAUCGAAAAUUAGAAGAAGAAAAUGAAUGCUAAUAUUAUUCUUGAAACUGUGUAACCACCAACAUAAAUAUACUUUUAAGUACUUUCAGAUAACGACAAUAAUUCAAAUGUUAUAACUUUAUGCAUUUCAGGAUUUUUAAGUGGAGAUGAUAAUAAAUUAGAUUAAUGGGGUAGUUUAUUGCAUUCCUGUUAAGGCACAGUAUUAGGGUUGCAUUGGAAUUGUAGUGAAGCUAAAGAUUUUUUUUCAAUGGUUUAGAAUUUGAUACCAUAACUUUUGGGUAAAUUAAAUAUAGUUGGAGUUGCUUUGAAUGCAGUAGGAUUCAUAUCAUCAAAUCCAUAUGAAAAAGCUCACAAAGAAGCUGAAAGGGUAGGAAAGUACUUAGCAUAUUUAAUUGCAGGUCAUUAGUUAUUUGGAAAUAGAUAAAUUAAUAUCAUAUGUCAUUCAUUAGGAAGUGUUAUAGUAUUGGAAUGCAUAAAAGAAUUAGAUAGACUAUUUGAAAAAAACUAAAAAUAAUUUAUUAAUGAAAUAUUAAUUAUGGGAGGGGUUGCUGACAUUCAUAAAUUAUAGAAAAGAAGAUGGAAUGCAGUAGCAGGAAGAAUUUAUAAUAUUUAUUCAAAAAAAGAUUAGAUAUUAAAUAUUUUAUUAACAGUGGCAAAAGUCUUCGAUUCUCCUUGUGGUAUUUAUCAAAAUUUUAAUCUAUAUAGGAUUAGAGCCAAUUUAUUUAGGAUAUAAGUAAGUCAUAAAUUGUGAUUUUACUUAAAUUGUUGAUGGGCAUUCUGAUUAUUGGAAUAAAAUGAGUAGAUUACUAAUGUAAUCUGAUUUCAACAAUGACUUCAAGUUUAUGACUAACUCAAUAAAGGAAAUUUUUUGAAUAUUAUU